AUGACUAGAAAUAAGAUAUUUGAAUAUUUUAAUGAAUCUAAUAAUGAUGAAGUAUUGGAUGAUUAUCUAGAAAAUUGUUUAAAUUUAUCAAAAAUGAAGUUAAGAUCAACAGUAGCCGAUUCUCACUUUUUUGAAAAUUCUUCAUCAUACAAUAUUAUGAAUAAUAAUUUUACUCAUUUAAAUACUGAAUAUAGUAAUAUGGAUACUGAUUUUACUAAUAUAGAUACUAAUUAUACUAAUAUGGAUACCAAUUGUACUGAUUUUACUAAUUUGAAUAUGAAUUGUGAAAUUACUAGUGAUUUAGAAAGUAUACAUGAAGAUUCUGUUAAGAAUAUUAAAAAGAAUACUGUUGAUAAUUUCGAUUCUUGGGAAAGUCCAAUUCUUAAUCCAUUUUAUAAUUAUUCUAAUAAUAAUAAUCAUAAAAUUAAUCAUACUAAUAGUAGCUUUAACCAUACUAAUCACAGAGUUAAUCAUACUGAUCACAGAGUUAAUCAUAGUACACCAGACUCUAGUAGAAUACACUCCAAUACAAUAGAUUCUAGUACAAUAGAUAGUAUUGAACGUAAUGGAGGAUUAAAAUUAUUGGAUAAAUUGAAGAGAAUAAUAAUGGAUAUGGAAACUGAGAUUAGUAAUAAAGAUAAGAAAAUACAUGAACUUGGUAAUACAAUAACAAGACUAAAUUCAUUAGUAAAUAGUUUGAAUGAAGAGCUUUUGGAAUCUUUUAAGAAUUUAGAAAAUGUUUUAAAGGAUUUGGACAAGGAAAAAUUACAAAACAAACAAUUAAAAUUACAAAUUAUACAAUUGAGUGGGUUAUUACAGAGCAAUCAUAAUACUAUUAUACAUGAUACUAUAGGUACUAGGUUCGAAUCCCAUACCAGUAGUAGUACUACGGGGACCAUUACGGUGACUGGUCCAACAACUACUAAUGGUUCUAAAGAUAGUACAGUUGUACCUGGUACUAAAGCUACUGUUACUACUACUGGUGAUACUGUUACUACUAGUACUACUACUACUAAUAAGGAUAUGGAUGUGGAUAAAAGAUUUAUGAAUAAAUUGAUGAAAUAUAUGUAUGUAAUUGAUAUAACAGAAAUAUUACCAAGUAUAUAUAAAGGAAUACAUGAGAAUCUUAAUGUAUUAAAUUCAAAUGAAUUUAUAACAUUUAUAAUUGAAUCAAUACAUUAUGAUUCACAAAUCUUAAAAAUUACUCUACAAUCUAUUCAGAACAAUAAUACCAAUUCCACUAAUACUACCUUUAGUAAUACAAACUAUGGUAGUAAUACCAAUAACAGUAAUAAUAGUAUGAAUAAUAGUAUAUAUGGAGUUUAUAUGGGAUUUGGAUUACCAAUGACUAAUUUAGAACGUAAAGUUAUUAAUAUAUUAGAAUCCAAUAAUACCGUCACUAGUAUGAAUAAUACUAUGGAUAAUACUGUUAGUAGUAGUAAGAAUGGUAUAAAAAAAGGUAUGUUAAUGAAUAGAAUAUUAUUAUUAACAAUAUUGAAGAGUAGUAAUAUGAAUUUGGUAUAUAAUUAUUUAUUUGAAGCAAUUAGUUGUGAUAAUUUUAGAGUUAUUGAAAUCAUAUUUCAAGCUGUUUUAAAUAAAUUUAUUGAUUUCCAUUUAUUACCCAAUUUUAAACAAAUAUAUAAACAUCCAAUAUUAUAUUCUAAUAAUUCCUUCAAUAAUCCAUUUGAUAUACAAUCUUAUGAUGGAUCCCAUAAGGGAUCUUAUAAGGGAUCCCAUAGUAAGGAAUAUAGUAAGGGAUCCCAUAGUUCAGAAUCCUAUAAUACAAAAUCUUAUCCUUUAAAAUCGUAUAAAGAAAUGUAUAAUAUGGAAUUAAUGGGUAUGGAAAGAUAUAUUUAUAUGAUAAAUUAUAAUUUUGAAUCAAUUCCAAUGGAUCCAAUAACAGGUGAUAAUUUAUUUCAUAUAUUAUCCAAACAUACAAUUAAUACUAAUAUAAAGAAUAUACACAAUGUCAAUACUAAUGUCAAUACUAAUGGUAAUAGAAAUAUAAAGAAUUUGAUGAAGAAGAUAAAAUUAUUUUUACAUUAUACACCAUAUUUAACAUUAAAGAAUAAAGAAUUAAAGACACCGCUGGAUAUUUGUAAUAUAUCUAUGAAGAAGGAAUUUUAUUAUAUGAUUAUUAUGGAUUUAGCUUCUAAAGGUUCUUUAUCAUAUAAAAAUAAAUUAUAUCAUAAUGCACUUGAUUAUUAUACAUAUGCUAUAAAUAUUUUUUUAAAUCCACACAUAUAUACUUCCGUUACGGUGCUUGGUCACACGAGUACUGAGGGUCCUGCUAAUAAGGAUACUACUAAUAUUACUAAUAGUAGUAAGGAUAUUGGUACCAUUGGAUCAAGCACCGUUACUAAGGGAAAGGGAGCUAAUUUUACAGCUACAGAGUGUACUAUGGGAAAGGGAGCUAAUUUUAUGCCUAUGGAGUGUACUACUACUAAGGAUGCUACUGGUGCCGUUGGAGCAAGCACCGUUAUGGAGAAUAUGAUAGAAGAAAUGGGUAUAAAAAGUAUAGGUAAAUUAUAUUAUAAUAAAGGAAGAACAUUAAUACAUUUGAAUAGAUGGUUGGAAUGUAUAGAAUCAUGUGAAAUGUGUUUAAUGUAUAUACCAGAUUAUAUAAAUGCAUAUUAUACAUUAAUAGAAUCAUAUGAGAAGUUAUUAGAUUGGGAAAAUGCCGCAUCAAUUUGUCUAUUAAUGAAAGAUAAUUGUGGAAUAAUCGAUUUAAAACGAUAUAAUAAGAUUAUUGAACAGAAAGAUGCCACUUAUUUCCAAUUACUUGGUCUUAAUAAUGAUGCUACAGAUUCUGAUAUUAAAAAACAAUUCAAUACUUUAUGUAAAAUCUGGCAUCCAGAUAAACAUACUAAUGAUAUAAAUAUAACUAAACGUUGUACUAAUCAAUUUAAUCGGUAUCGUUUUAGUUACGGUGCUUGCUCCAGCAGUAGUAGUUAA